CUAACAGGAAGCUGGGUUAUUCCCAACUGCCGGUGAUCUCAAACAGACUCUGAGGCUCCUUCUUUGCUCCAACAGACAGCAGCGUCUUUAGGCUGGAUAAUAGUCAAAUUCUUAGCUCCCUCUUUCACUGCUAGUAAGAUCAGAUUGCAUUUCUUUCAGUAUUCUUCAAUCCCCAGUUUGUUGAUCUGUUUCUAAAAGAAGAAGUAGAGAAGAUAAAUCAUCUCUUCAAUACCUGGAAGGAAAAAGAAAAUAACCUCAACUCCGUUUUGAAAAAAAAAACCAUUCCAAGAACUUUCAUCAGAGAUUUUACUUCCUCCCUUGGGAUAUUAUGUCCUUUCUUAGUUGGAACAAUCAGUUGUUAGUAAGAACACCAUGACCCAUAACAGAAGUCCCAGUGCUGCAAUACUACUUUCCCAAUUGUUCCAUCUGAUGGACCACAGGUCUCUGUGUAGACUUAGAGAUAUUGCAAGGAACUCCCCAGUCAACAUGUGGGCAUAGACUAACCUUCUCUGAGAGCUGGAUUCAUGAACAUAUUAAGGAGCCUUCUCACUGUCAAAUGUAACAGAGAAUGUUUCAUGGGCAAGCAAACAAGAUGACUAAAAAUUUUUAGAUGGUUUGCACAAUGAAGAAAGUACAUGCACUUUGGGCUUCCAUAUGCCUGCUGCUUAAUCUUGCCUCUACCCCUCUUAAUGCCGAUUCUGAGGAAGAUGAUGAAUACGUAAUUAUGACAGACACUGAGUUGCCAGCACUGAAAUUUAGGCAUACAUUUUGUGCAUUUAAGGCGGAUGAUGGCCCAUGUAAAGCAUGGAUGAAGAGAUAUUUCUUCAAUGUUUUCACUCGACAGUGUGAAGAAUUUAUAUAUGGGGGAUGUGAAGGAAAUCGGAAUCGAUUUGACAGUCUGGAAGAGUGCGAAGAAACGUGUGCCAUAGGUAACGGAAAGAUGAUAAAGACAACAUUGCAAAAUGGAAAGCCAGAUUUCUGCUUUUUGGAAGAAGAUCCUGGAAUAUGUCGAGGUUAUAUUACCAGGUAUUUUUAUAACAAUCAAACAAAACAGUGUGAACGUUUCAAGUAUGGUGGAUGUCUGGGCAAUAUGAACAACUUUGAGACACUGGAAGAAUGCAAGAACACCUGUGGAGACACUUUGAGUGAUUAUGGAACUCAGGUCCAUGCUGUGAAUAACUCCCUGACUCCACAAUCAACCAAGGCUCCCAGACUUUUAGGCUGGAGCACAGUGGCUCAAUCUCAGCUCACUUGGAACCUCCACCUUCGGAGUUCAAGUGAUUCUCCUGCCUCAUCCUCUCUAAUAGAUGGGACCACAGAAUUUCAUGGUCCCUCAUGGUGUCUCGAUCCAGCAGACAGAGGACUGUGUCGCGCCAAUGAGACCAGAUUCUACUACAAUUCAGUCAUUGGGAAAUGCCGCCCAUUUAAGUACAGUGGAUGCGGGGGAAAUGAAAACAAUUUUACUUCCAAAAAAGAAUGUCGGAAGUCAUGUAAAAAAGGUUUCAUCCAAAGAAAAUCAAAAGAAGGCCUAAUUAAAACCAAAAGAAAGAGAAAGAAGCUGAAAGUGAAAAUAGGAUAUGAAGAAAUUUUUCUUUAAAAUACAUAAAUUUGUUAUAGCAAUUUAGCAUUGAUUCUAAUAAAUAUUUUAUCUGAAAUGUU